GGCAUUUCGUCGAAAAAGUACCGGCCGCGCGCGAGAGGGAAGCAACACGUUGUCAGCGGUUGAAUUCAUAAAACAAUAAUCGUAAAAGUUUCAAGUGGGCAUCCAUAUAUAACAAUUGCUUAUUUUUACACAGUUGCCCAGUGCCAUUUUCGUCUAGUUUGACUUUCAUUGUAGUAUUUUCAAUUCAAGAUGGCGUACAGAGGUCAGAAGGUUCAGAAGGUUAUGGUUCAGCCGAUUAACUUGAUCUUUAGGUACCUUCAGAACCGAAGCAGGGUGUCCGUAUGGCUGUACGAGAAUGUCAACAUGAGGAUCGAGGGCCACAUUAUCGGAUUCGAUGAGUACAUGAAUCUGGUGCUCGAGGAGUCCGAGGAAGUCAACGAGAAGCACAAGACCCGCAGGCAGAUCGGUCGGAUUCUGCUCAAGGGCGACAACAUCACCCUUAUCCAGCAGGUGGACGGCGACUCGGCCAGCGCCGCCACGUAGAGGUCGCCCGCCCGCACCGUUAUCGUGUCAUUGUGUGCCGCCGUCGUGUGCAUCAUCAGUCAUGAGCGCAGCCCGGCUGAAGGAGGAGAUGGCCGGGAACGACUGCCCAAGUGGGUACGCCCGCUACCACACUCCAGACUCAUUUUGUGAGGUCCAUCGCCAUCAUGUCGUGUCAUUUUCCGGCACGGUUUGCUGGUUCCAAUAAAUGAUCACAGCUUA